AUGAUGAACUGGGCGAAACAGCAGCUGGCCAAUGUCGCCGGCACCCAGGAACCGAUUUACGGGCCCUCUGCUAUCCACUCUGUAGCAAAGCAGGCGGAAACAACUCCUUACACAGAGCUCACGCGCGCGGACAUGCAAUGGCAGGCCAUGACGUCGACCUGCGUGGAGACGCAGAGUUUCUACCUGACGGCAGAUAGCGGACAUAUCGCCCUGGUUCAGGUUAUCUACAGCAAUGUUGUCGGCAUACGGACAACCUGCCAAUUCAAUACGAAGAUUUUUUACCCCCGGAGCGAGAACAAGCCAAACCUCUGGUCCUCCGAUCCGCUAUCCAAUGUCGACUUUAGCGAAGACAAGACAAACUUCUAUGCGGAGAACUGUGCUGUUGAGCUUUCAGAAGAUGGUAAGACUUACACGAUUAAAUCCAUGACCAAUCCCAAAUCCAUCGUCAACAUUACCGUCACCCGGGUCGCUCCAGGCUUCCAAGUCGGCAAGGAUGGGAAAACACUCUAUGGUACGGAUCCCGAGGCUCCAUGGGGCACUAUGAGACAUGCCUUUUGGCCACGGAACACGGUCGAGGGAUCCAUUCUCACCGACGAUGGGGCUAUUGACUUCAAGGGCAAGGGAUUGCUAUCCCAUGCACUUCAAGGCAUGAAGCCACAUCACGCCGGAGCAAAAUGGGACUUUGUUAAUUUCCAAGGCCCGACUUACUCGGCUAUCAUGAUGAAAUUUACCACGCCUCCAUCUUACGGAUCGACGGUCGUCAAUGUUGGUGGGCUCGUAAAGGAUGGCGAGAUUAUUAUGGCUGGGGCCUCGAAUAUCGUGACACACACUAAGGUGAAUGGCGAUCCUGAAAACGAUUGGCCAGAGCCAGAAGCAGUGAAGUUUGAGUGGAAUGGCAAGACGAAGGAUGGAAAGACUGUGGAGGCCGUGCUUGAAGGCCCAUUGGGUGAGAGGCUUGAUAGGGUCGAUGUUAUGGCAGAGGUACCAGGUUUCGUGAAGACGAUUGUGGCUUCAGCCGCAGGAACAAAGCCAUACAUCUAUCAGUACUCCCCACAAACCCCGAUUUCGCUCAAGAUCAAGGUUGGCGAUGAAGAAUCGUCUGAGGAGGGCGUAGUCUAUUCAGAGGCAACGUUCAUCUGUGAAUGA